CAUCAGCACCAAACGCUGAUUUACCUGAAGUCAUUAGUUAGUUGGCAUUAAUUUGACCCGUUGUUUUAACACCAUGAACACGAAAAUGAGAGACAAAUAGAAAUUUUGACAAGUCUUUCCAAUAAACAUCAGUGGAGGGACUACUUUUUAUCCUGAGGGAAAAAAAUCUAUCCAGAGGUUGCAUAUUUAAGAGAUGGGCUCUGAAAAUCCUGAGGACUUUGGCCCAGCUGUGAUCAUUGCUGAGGAUGAUCAGCAAGAAAUUGGAGGCCUGAUCAACUCUGAUGGAGAGGAAGUGGAUUUCUCAGAUCUUAGAGAUAGAGCUAUCCCAGGUGUGCUACCUGCAGAGGCUCCCGCAAAGGCAUUCGUCCAAAGUGAGAUUGAAAAGCCCCCCUCUCUUCACAGCUGCACAGUGUGUGGAAAAGACUUCCCUUACGCCUCUAAACUACAGCGCCACCUACGCACUCACUCAGGAGAGAGACCUUUUCCGUGCUCCAUGUGUGAGAAGAGAUUUCCUGAGAAAGGGCUGCUCAUGAUACACGAAAGGGUCCACACUGGAGAGAAGCCUUUCCCAUGUACUUUCUGUGAGAAAAGGUUUGCCAGUCAGGGGGAACUAAGGCUGCACCGGCGGACGCACACAGGCGAGCGUCCGUAUCACUGCUCCAUCUGUCUGAAGAGCUUCUCUCGACACUGGCAUCUGAAAACUCACUUGGAGGCGAUGCACUGUGAGAUUGUAGCGGGGUUUGUGAGGAAGAAGUUUCCAUGUUCGGAUUGUGAGAAGAGCUGCAACUCAGCCGCAGAGCUGAGAGAUCAUCAGAGGACUCACACUGGAGAGAGGCCAUAUCAGUGCUCUUUCUGUGACAAAAGGUUUGCGUUGUCAGGAACACUUGUGAGACAUGAACGCCUCCACACCGGCAUCACGCCGUAUCACUGCUCCGACUGUGGGAAAACUUUUGCUCAGCAGUGGACCCUGACAACACACAUGCGGACUCACACAGGAGAAAAACCAUACAGCUGCACACAAUGUGAUAAGUCUUUUGUGGCUCCAGGAGAGCUUCGAAGGCACACCAGGAUUCACACAGGAGAGAAGCCGUACACCUGUGCAGACUGUGGGAGGCACUUCUCUCUAGCUGGAACUCUUAGAAACCACAAAAGAUCGUGUACACAGAACAAGAUUGGAGCCGAUACAGGGGCUGUUAUUGACCAAGUUCAAGCUGAGGCCGGGGAAUCAUCCAACCAGGACCAUGUCAAUCAGACCAGCUCUGAGGUGUCUGAUAGUCAGAGUUUACCCUAUGUGGUUGAGCCUCAUCCCUCAGACAGUCUUGACUGUGACACAGCAGCUCAGUGUGACAAUGAUCUUAACGAACCAGAAGACCAAUCAGAGGAUGCCACCUCCAGUCCACAUAUGAAUGUAAUAGUGAAAGAGGAGGAAGAAGAGGAGCCUUUGUGCGCAGGAGACCCUCCUGACCCAGUGCCUGUUAGUAAAGAGUGCAUCACACAGCAGAAAAAUGAAGAGCAGCAGCUACAAAGCAACACAGACAUCAGGAUUACAGUGAAGGAGGAGGAAGAGGAACCUAUAAACAUGUCUAAGAAGGUUCCUGAUCGCAUCCCUGACAGUAAAAAAGAAAUUCCUCCUGCUCACCCAGCCUUACCGGUGCAGGAAAAGCUAAAGAGCAAAGUGAAGAAGACCUCAUACCUCUGUGGGCUCUGUGGAAGAGACUGUCACAAAAUGUCUGCUCUUCAGAUCCACAUGAGAAUUCACUCAGGAGAGAAACCUUACAGAUGCACUACUUGUGGGAAACAGUUCACCCAGAAAGGUCAGCUAAAAGGUCAUCAAAAAGUCCACACGGGAGAGAAACCGUUCUCCUGCCCUGAUUGCGGGAAAAGCUUUGCCCAUUCAGGGGCUAUGAACCGACAUCGGCUCACUCACACGGGAGAGAGGCCGUACCACUGUUCCGUGUGUGACAGGAGUUUCAACCAGUCAGGACGUUUGAGGGAACAUGAGAAAAUCCAUUUUGGGGAAAAGUUUGACUGUCCUGAGUGUGAAAAGAGCUUCACUCGAGCUUCAAGCCUCAAAAACCACUUCAGGCUUCACACGGGAGAGAGACCGUAUGGCUGUGACAUCUGUGGGAGAGGAUUCAGCCGCUCGCAAAGCCUGCGGCUCCACAAACGGAAACACGAGCUGAUUCACACUGUGGAAUCUGCACUCAGUGUGAGGAAUGAUGACUUAUCACAGAGCGAUGAUAACUCUCCUAUUAAUAUGUGUAUAAAUGACAAAAAUGACCUAUAAUGUUUUUAUAUAAACCGUGAAGAUAUGUACCAGUAGUAGUAUUUCAAUACAAGAUGAGAGGUUGUAAAACAUGAGCUGUAAGAAGGAAAAGUAAGGGACUACCUCUGUGAAGAGACCAGAUGAACUUUAACAUGGUGGUUGGACAAUGACAGCGAAAACUCCCAGAAGGUUGCAUUAAAGUAAAUAUAUAGACACAAUUAAGGUUGGGAUUCAGCAACAAAUAACACAGUCUCGGUCAAAAUAACCAAAACAAGGAAGAUAACUUUUGUAAAGUCUUGGAAACUGUUUAGAUGAUAAAUUUUAGAUGUCAUAAUUACUCUCAUUUAUAACUCUUAACUACAUUAGUUGUACCACUCACAUAAAUAUUUAUGAUAGAAAAAGUGACUCAUUCAAGGCCUGUAAUUUCAAGUUUUCAUGCAGUAUUUCUCAUUCAGACUAAUCAUGUUUGUAGAAACUGAAUAGGUUUUUCUAUCGAGGUUGUCAGGGUGAGGAGGGGCGUAUCACGAAGCGAGCUCAACAUACCCAAAGCCAUGCUGCAGUCAGAGAAAAACAGGUGUCACAAAGCUGGUUAUGACCUGUUUACUCAUGCUUUCUGUGUUUGUGCUCACAUAAGAGAGAGCGCAUAGCACAUCAUAUGAUUCAAGUGAUGGGACUCAUUGCUCUUUUAAGUGAUCUGGAUCAUUUGGUCCCCACCUGGGGUCUGUGACCCCUCAAGGCAGGGGCGCCAAAGAACAUCUCUAUCUGCUUUGAGGUUGUCAAAAUUAGAUUUUCAUAUAUGAACUAAAAUUACAACACUUGUUAAAUAGUUUAACAAUCGUUUGGUAAGAAUUAGAGUUUUCACAGUACCAGAACUUGGAUUUUUUUAUGUGAUACUAGCAAAAAAUGAACAAUAUCAAUACCUAUUUUGAUACCACAGCAACAAAAAAGGAUCUCUUUGACACCCAAAACUGCUGAAUUUAACCUAGUAUUUUUAAAUGUCAAACUUGCAGAUAAGAAAGGUUCAGUAAACAGUAAACACAUACCAAAUGUGAAUUAUUUAUCGUAAAAAAAGGCCAAAUAAAUAGGAUUUUCUAAAAUAAUGUAUAGGACUCUCCUAAAAUCAAGUAUUUCCUCAGAUUAAUUAAGAAUAAACCAGAAGAAGAUAAUGCAGUGAUUCUGCUCUGUGUUUCUUUCCCCCUUUUGUUUUUCAUAUUUAGGUCAUUUUCUAGGUGCCAGUUUUAUCAGGGCUGUGAGGCUGUCAUCAGUCAGCAGGUAAAGGGAAGUUUUAAGGGACUAGGAGACAUUACUGUCUCUCUCCUCUGCACUCUGUCUGUAACAGACAGUACGCACAUGUAUCUUUAAAGACACCAGAGGAACGUCUUUAGAUCCACACAAACUAAAUCCAGAACCUUCCUUUGUGCAAUGUCAUCCUGUUUAUGUCAUGUGAGUCAUGUAAUCAAUCCAUGUUAAAAGAGAUCCAGCUUUGUGACAUCAAAAACUCUUAACUCCAGCUCAUCAGACCAGGCUUACUCUCUGAUCUCGCUUCAUGAUCCAUGCCCAGUGAGCAGUGUAUCAAUCAGGAGAAACCAGAAUUCAUUGUUGGAAUUUUAGGGACUGAAAUGCCAGAUUUAGUCAUUAAUGCAGCAGUGGGAUCAUGAUAUCCAUCAGUUUAUUUGCCUAAACCAUUUUGCCUUAGUGGUGAAUAGUUUGUGUAUCUCUGUUUUGUGUAGCAGUUUUUAAAUAACCAAAUCAUGAAUCAGGCUACCUGGUUUGUAUGACUCUUGAAGGCUAGGUGAUUGUUGUGAUUAUAGGAAGCAUCCUCUUGAGGCGAAUGUGUGUGAUGUAAGUGGUUAAUUUCACCCAGCGCUGCCUCUGUCUAACAGUA